AUGACAAAUGCUUAUCAUGCUAUUAAGGAGCAUCGGAUGUCUGUAUGGAAAGCAGCUAGGGCUUACUGUGUUCCGGAAACCACACUUCGACAAAGAGCAUUGGGGAGAGUUGACCCUGAGAAACUAACGUCUGGAGUUUCUCCUGUUCUUUCGCUAGAGGAAGAAGCUGCAUUUGUUGACCAUUUAAAGGUUAUGGCUAGUUGUGGCUACGGCUACACUAGAUCAGAAGUAGUUACCAUGGCCUCAGAAUAUGCCUGCAGUUUGCAGAAACGUGACAGAAAUCAUCCAUUUUCAAUGAAGUGGUUCAAAGGCUUUAUGAUGCGGUGGCCAGAACUGAAUGUUUCAAAGCCUCGCGCCUUAUCAGCUGCCAGGGCAAAGUCAACCUCUGAAGAAGUAGUGUCAAAUUACUAUCGAGAAUUAGACACCAUUCUUAAGAAGUACGACCUAGUCGAUAAACCUCAGUGCAUAUACAACAUUGAUGAAAAGGGGCUACAAACAGAACACAGACCACCCUGCAUUGUGGAUUCUAAGAUGUCAACAACACCUGCUAUAACAUCUGCGAGAUCUUCUACAGUAACUGUCAUAGGUUGUGGCAAUGGGUUAGGUACACAGAUGCCUCCGUAUUUCGUUUUCCAAGGGGCUCGAAUGAGACAGGAAUUGAUGGAAGGUGCAUCGGAGGGUGCUCAACGCACAGUAACAGACAGUGGUUGGUCGAACUCUGAAGUCUUUCAGACUUAUUUAUCUGAACAUUUUCUUAAAUAUGUCCAAAGACCGAAUGAAAACCAACCUAUCAUAAUUCUUUACGACGGACACAAAUCACACAUUAACCUCACGCUUGUUGACUGGGCAAAGCAACAUAAUAUUGUUUUAUUUGUUCUGCCUGCCCAUACAAGCCAUGUUCUUCAACCUCUAGACCUUGGAUGUUUUGGCACAUUUCAAAAAAUCUAUAAUGCUGAGUGCCAUAAAUUUUUACGUGAAAAUCCAUCUUCAAAAAUUUACAAGAUAUAA